UACCUUGUCGUACUGGCUGUGAGCUUUGGUCAGCAUCUGGAUGAUGUCCACCGCCUGCCCUUCGCCUCGCACGCCGCCCGCACUUCCGUCCGGGGGCGGCCAAGCAUCCUGCCCCGCCGCCUGCUCCUGCUGGGCUCCGACUACUCUCCCCCUCACCCUCUUCCUCGGCCCCCUGCCCCCGGCCUGACCAACGAGCACCCGGGCGUCGGCGACCGCGAUGGAAGCGGGGGCGGAGUCAACCACGGCGUGGUGGGAGUGGUGGGCCUGGCCCCGGAGCACAUCGCCACGCCGGGCGCCGCCCUGAGCUGGCAGGCCGCCAUCGACGCCGCCCGCCAGGCCAAGAUGAUGGGCAACGCGGCCUCGGGCGGCGCGGCGGGGCUGGCGGCGGGAGGGGGCGGCCCCAUCUCCACGGCCAGCUCCACGCAGCGCAAGAGGCAGCACUACAGCUCCAAGCCCAAGAAGCAGACGGCCACCACGGCCACGCGGCCCCCUCGAGCGCUGCUCUGCCUCACGCUCAAGAACCCCAUUCGCCGGGCCUGCAUCAGCAUCGUGGAGUGGAAACCCUUCGAGAUCAUCAUCCUGAUGACCAUUUUCGCUAACUGUGUGGCCUUAGCCGUCUACAUCCCCUUCCCCGAAGACGACUCCAACGCCACCAACUCCAAUUUGGAGCGUGUGGAGUACUUGUUCCUCAUCAUCUUCACCGUGGAGGCGUUCCUGAAGGUGAUAGCCUACGGCCUGCUCUUCCACCCGAAUGCCUACCUGAGGAACGGCUGGAAUCUGCUCGACUUCAUCAUCGUCGUCGUCGGGUUGUUCAGUGCCAUCCUGGAGCAGGCGACCAAGGGCGACGGCGCCGCUCCCAUCGGAGGAAAGGCGGCGGGCUUCGACGUCAAGGCCCUGAGGGCCUUCCGAGUGCUCCGACCCCUCCGACUGGUCUCCGGAGUACCCAGUUUACAGGUGGUGUUGAACUCCAUCAUCAAGGCCAUGGUCCCCCUGCUCCACAUCGCCCUGCUGGUCCUCUUCGUCAUCAUCAUCUACGCCAUCAUCGGCCUGGAGCUCUUCAUGGGCAAGAUGCACAAGACGUGCUUUCACGAGCACGCAGGCACGAUAGCGGAGGAAAGACCGGCGCCGUGCGCGCCCGACAUGGCGUACGGCCGACACUGCAACCACAACGGGACCAAGUGCAAAAUGGGCUGGGAGGGCCCCAACGACGGCAUCACCAACUUCGACAACUUCGCCUUCGCCAUGCUGACCGUGUUCCAGUGCAUCACCAUGGAGGGCUGGACCGACGUGCUGUACUGGAUGCAGGACGCUAUGGGCUAUGAGCUGCCGUGGGUCUAUUUUGUCUCUCUCGUCAUCUUCGGCUCCUUUUUCGUCCUCAAUCUCGUUCUGGGGGUGUUGAGUGGAGAGUUUUCCAAGGAAAGGGAGAAGGCCAAGGCACGAGGCGACUUCCAGAAACUGCGAGAAAAACAGCAGCUGGAGGAGGAUCUCAAGGGCUACUUAGACUGGAUCACUCAGGCUGAAGACAUCGACCCGGAGAACGAGGAGGAGGGUCUGGAUGACGACAAACCCAGAAACCUGAGCAUGCCGGCCAGCGAGAACGAAUCGGUCAACACGGACAAUGCGCCCGGAGGCGACGUGGAGGGCGAGACCUGCUGUACCCGGCUAGCAAAUAGGAUCUCCAAAUCCAAGUUCAGUCGCUACUCUCGCAGGUGGAACCGGCUGUGCAGGCGCAAAUGUCGAGCGGCGGUCAAGUCGCAGGUUUUCUACUGGCUGGUCAUCUUCCUGGUUUUCCUCAACACGCUGACCAUCGCUUCGGAGCAUCACCACCAGCCGCAGUGGUUGACCGACAUACAAGACAUCGCCAACAAGGUGUUACUCGCGCUCUUCACCGGCGAGAUGCUGUUGAAGAUGUACAGUCUGGGCCUUCAGGCGUACUUCGUGUCGCUCUUCAACCGCUUCGACAGCUUCGUGGUCUGCGGCGGGAUUCUGGAGACCAUCCUGGUGGAAACCAAGAUCAUGUCGCCGCUCGGCAUCUCCGUGCUGCGUUGCGUACGCUUGCUGCGAAUCUUCAAAAUAACCAGAUACUGGAACUCGCUGUCCAACUUGGUGGCGUCCUUGCUGAACUCGGUCCGCUCCAUCGCCUCCCUGCUGCUCCUGCUCUUCCUCUUCAUCAUCAUCUUCUCCCUGCUGGGCAUGCAGCUCUUCGGCGGCAAGUUUAACUUCGAGGAGACCCGGCGGAGCACCUUCGACAACUUCCCCCAGUCGCUGCUGACCGUCUUCCAGAUCUUAACCGGAGAAGACUGGAACUCGGUGAUGUACGACGGGAUCAUGGCGUACGGCGGGCCCUCCUUCCCCGGCAUGCUGGUCUGCAUCUACUUCAUCAUCCUCUUCAUCUGCGGGAACUAUAUCCUACUCAACGUCUUCUUGGCCAUCGCUGUGGACAAUCUGGCUGACGCGGAGAGCCUGACUUCGGCCCAGAAGGAGGAAGAGGAGGAGAAGGAGAGGAAGAAACUGGCCAGGCUGGGCACUCCUGACAAGCGGCACAACAACGAGAAGCCUCCACUGGAGGAGGAGAAGAGAGAGAAGAUUGAGCUGAAGUCCAUCACCUCUGAUGGCGAGACCAACACUGCCACCAAAAUCAACAUGGACGAUUACUGCGGCGACGAAAGCGAAGAGAAGAAUCCCUACCCCGCCAACGACUACAUAGGCGACGACGACGACGAGGAGCCGGACGUGCCGGUGGGCCCGAGGCCGCGGCCGCUGUCCGACAUCCAGCUCAAGGAGAAGGCGGUUCCCAUGCCCAAGGCCCGGGCCUUCUUCGUCUUCAGCCACACCAACAAGUUCAGGGUUCUGUGCCAUAAAAUCGUCAACCACAACAUCUUCACCAACCUCAUCCUCUUCUUCAUCCUGCUCAGCAGCAUCAGUCUGGCGGCGGAGGACCCGGUCAAGAACGACUCCUUCAGAAACGAGAUCCUGGGCUACGCGGACCACGUCUUCACGGGGCUUUUCACCAUCGAGAUUAUCCUCAAGAUGACGGCCUACGGAGCCUUCCUCCACAAAGGUUCUUUCUGCAGGAACUAUUUCAACAUUCUGGACCUGGUGGUCGUGAGCGUUUCCCUCAUCUCCUCCGGGAUACAGUCCAGCGCAAUCAACGUGGUGAAGAUCCUGCGGGUUCUCCGAGUGCUUCGACCUCUGCGGGCCAUCAACAGAGCCAAGGGUCUAAAGCACGUGGUGCAGUGCGUGUUCGUGGCCAUCAGGACCAUCGGCAACAUCGUCAUCGUCACCACUUUGCUCCAGUUCAUGUUCGCUUGCAUCGGAGUGCAGCUCUUCAAGGGCAAGUUCUUCUCCUGCACGGACAGCUCGAAACAGACCAAGGCGGAGUGCAGAGGCUCCUACAUCAAGUACAAGGACGGCGACGUGGCCAAGCCCGAAAGAGCCCUGAGGGUGUGGGAGAACAGCGAGUUUAACUUUGACGACGUGCUGCAAGGCAUGAUGGCUCUGUUUGCGGUGUCCACCUUUGAGGGCUGGCCGGGGCUCCUGUACCGGGCCAUCGACUCUCACACCGAGGACGUGGGUCCCAUCUACAACUACCGCGUGGUCAUCUCCAUCUUCUUCAUCAUCUACAUCAUCAUCAUCGCCUUCUUCAUGAUGAACAUCUUCGUCGGUUUCGUCAUCGUCACGUUCCAGGAGCAAGGCGAGCAGGAGUAUAAGAACUGCGAGCUGGACAAGAACCAGCGUCAAUGUGUUGAGUACGCGCUGAAGGCCCGCCCCCUCCGCCGGUACAUCCCCAAGAACCCGUACCAGUACAAGGUGUGGUACGUGGUCAACUCCACCUACUUUGAAUACCUGAUGUUCACGCUCAUCCUCCUCAACACCAUCUGUCUGGCCAUGCAGCACCACGGUCAGACGAAGAACUUCAACGACGCCAUGAACAUCCUCAACAUGCUCUUCACCGGCCUCUUCACGGUGGAGAUGAUCCUCAAGUUGAUCGCCUUCAAACCGAGGGGUUACUUUAGUGAUCCCUGGAAUGUGUUUGAUUUCCUCAUCGUAAUUGGCAGCAUAAUCGACGUCAUUCUCAGUGAGAUCAACCCAGCUGACUCCUCCUCGUCCUCCUCCUCUUCGUCCUCCUCCUCUUCCUCCUCUCACCCCCCUGUGGUAAGGCCAAUGGGCCUGCAAAACUCUGAAGAGAACGCCCGGAUCUCCAUCACCUUCUUCCGGCUGUUCCGUGUGAUGCGGCUGGUGAAGCUGCUCUCUCGCGGGGAAGGGAUCCGGACGCUUUUGUGGACCUUCAUCAAAUCCUUCCAGGCUCUUCCUUACGUCGCCUUGCUGAUCGUGAUGCUCUUCUUCAUAUACGCAGUCAUCGGCAUGCAGAUGUUUGGCAAGAUUGCGCUGCGGGACCACACGCAGAUCAACAGGAACAACAAUUUCCAGACGUUCCCCCAGGCGGUCUUGCUUCUCUUCAGAUGUGCGACGGGCGAGGCGUGGCAGGAGAUCAUGCUGGCGUGCGCGGCCAACCGGCUGUGCGAGAAAGGAUCCGCCAACGAGAACGUCACCGUCCACGAGGACUGCGGGAGCCAGUUUGCCAUCAUCUACUUUGUCAGCUUCUACAUGCUCUGUGCCUUUCUGAUCAUCAAUCUCUUCGUGGCUGUCAUCAUGGACAACUUUGACUACCUGACACGGGAUUGGUCCAUCCUGGGGCCGCAUCAUCUUGACGAGUUCAAGAGGAUCUGGGCCGAGUACGACCCGGAAGCGAAGGGGCGGAUCAAGCACCUGGAUGUGGUGACUCUGCUACGAAGAAUCCAGCCCCCGCUGGGUUUUGGGAAACUAUGUCCUCACCGGGUCGCCUGCAAGCGUCUGGUAUCCAUGAACAUGCCGCUGAACAGCGACGGAACCGUCAUGUUCAAUGCAACGCUGUUCGCGCUGGUCAGAACUGCACUGAGGAUCAAGACGGAAGGUAAUCUGGAGCAGGCCAACGAGGAACUGAGGGCCAUCGUAAAGAAGAUCUGGAAGAGAACCAGCAUGAAACUGCUGGAUCAAGUCGUGCCUCCUGCUGGCGACGACGAAGUGACGGUCGGAAAGUUCUACGCCACCUUCCUCAUUCAGGAGUAUUUCCGCAAGUUCAAGAAGAGGAAAGAACAAGGGCUGGUGGCCAAGGUGCCGCCCAAAACUGCCCUUUCUCUGCAGGCGGGCCUGCGGACAUUGCACGACAUCGGUCCGGAGAUUAGGAGGGCCAUCUCCGGAGACCUGACGGUGGAGGAAGAGGUGGACAAAGGCCCGAAGGAGCCGGUGUCGGCCGCAUCCGAGGACGAUAUCUUCAGGCGGUCAGGCGGAUUGUUCGGCAACCACGUCAACUACUACAACCAGAGCGACGGCCGCGCCUCCUUCCCGCAGUCCUUCACUACCCAGCGUCCCUUGCACAUCAGCCAGAAGGGCUCGCCGUGCGAAGGCGAGAGCCCGUCGCACGAGAAGCUCAUGGACUCCACCACGUUCACGCCGUCCUCGUAUUCGUCGUCGGGAUCCAACGCCAACAUCAACAACGCCAACAACACCGGCGUGACGGGCGUGGCCCCGCAGGGCGUGGGCCGCUUGCCGAGCCCGUCCAUCAGCACGGUGGACGGGCACACGGGACAGCCGUUGACGCCCAUCCUGCUGCCCAGGUCGGCCUGGUGCUUCCCUCCAAAGAGCUCCGACUCGAGUGACAGCCACCUGCCGAUCAUCCGCAGGGGCGAAGGGUCGACGGAGGAAACGUACGACGAGAGCUACGCCGACGAGCGGGAUUUCCACGAGGACGACCACUCGCUCUCCUCAGACAUGCUGGUGUACCACGACGACACCUGCAAACAGUUGACUCCCAUGGAGGAAGGAGACGACGUGGAGGAGAGAAGUGGAGGAGGCGGGUGGCAGUCUCCCAGAAGAGUCUUCUUCUGUCCCACCUCUUUGGGUACCCACAUGACUACAUUUCAUCCUUUUGGAUUUGGAGUUGGUUUUUGUUGGGUUUUUUUUUUUAACCUUCAAAUUCUUUCUGUCUCAUCAGGGCGGAGAUCUUCUUUCCAUUUAGAGUGUCUGAGGAGGCAGUCGAGGCCAGACGUCUCGCAGAAGACGGCCGUCCCGCUGCACCUCGUCCAUCAUCAGGCACUAGCGGUGGCCGGGCUGAGUCCCUUGAUAAGGAGGAGCCACUCGCCCACCCUCUUCAGCCGCCUAUGCUCAACGCCUCCGGCCAGCCCCACAGGGCAAAGCGGCGAUGCCUCAUAUCAGCGGGUACCCUCGCUGAGGUUAGAGGGCUCCAACUCCCACGAAAAACUCAACACCAGCUUGCCCUCAGUCAACUGCGGGCCCUGGUAUAGCGACAGUAACGGGAACAGUCGGGUACCCAGUCCUAGCCCCGCCUCCGGGAUGCCUACGGCCAAUCAGAGAGCAGCGCGGCCGGUGUCGCUCACGGUGCCCUCGCUAUUGGGCCACGACUCCAGUUCGCUGUCUCACGGCAGCGCAGGAAGUCUGGUAGAGGCGGUGCUAAUAUCUGAAGGUUUGGGCCAGUUUGCGCAGGACCCCUCCUUCAUCGAAGCCACCAAGGCCGAGCUGGCCGACGCCUGCGACAUGACCAUCGAGGAGAUGGAGCACGCCGCCAGCAACAUCCUCAACGGCAACACUGCCGCCGGCGCGUCGGAGGCCGCCGCGCCCUCCGCCGCCUCCCGGCACAGCCCCAACGGUAACCUCCGGCGCUUCCACAGGGACCGAGAGGCGGAGGACGGCGGGGAGACCGGCGGGAGCCGAGGCUCCGCCCUCCACGGCCCGUCCUCUGUGGAAGAGCGGCAGGAGCUGCUGGCGGGGGUACGGGGGCAGGAAGAGGAGGAGGAAGAGGAAGGACACCACAGAAGCUCAGUGGGGGUGGGAGGAGCGCGGCAGAGGACCAGCGGGCUGCUGGAGGACGAGGACAUGGAGUGUGUGACCAGUUUGUAGGACCUGCACCGGACAGCUCGUGAUUGCUGGCUCUGUUAGUCCCCGCCCCCUUAACACACACACACACACACACA